AUGACGAACGAGGAAAAACCCGAACCAGAGGUCGCAGAAGUGUCAAGUGUAUCAGAUGUCAGUUCCAUAGACAUGAAAGGUCUCGAUGCUGGUGACAGUAUUCUACACCAAAAGAUAAAGCUUAUAAAUGAUGCCAUAGACGAGAUUGGAUUCACGCCGUACCAUCUCAAGAUUUUUUGUCUUAGUGGUAUGGGCUACGCUACAGAUUCGCAACUAAUGUAUGUUGAAAGCAGUGUUCGAACUUUCGUCAAUUAUCAGUUUGGAUACACCUACCCUGUCAGCAACCAGUGUCUCUACUUGGGUAUGAUUUUGGGUGCGUUUUUUUGGGGGUUUGGAGCAGAUUUAAUUGGAAGAAAGUUGGCUUUCAAUUUAUCUCUUUUGCUUUCUGCUGUACUUACAAUCCUUGCCGGGGCCAUGGGUUCUUUUGCAACCUACAACCUCUUUGUGCUUCUUUCAUGUUUUGCAGCAGGAGGAAACUUGGUCUUGGAUGCUUGUGUGUUUUUGGAAUUUCUUCCCAAGAAGAACCAAUGGCUUUUAACUUUCUACGCCUUUUUUUGGGGAAUUGGUCAAACUUUGGCAGUUCUUUUCGCUUGGGCUUUCCUUCCAAAGUACUCGUGUGAGUCAGCUGAUUACUGUCCUUCUCACAUCAAUAAAGGCUGGAGAUACACUUAUUACGUUAAUGGAGCGUUUGUGCUCGUGAUGGCCCUUCUUCGUAUUUUUGUUGUCAGAUUGAAAGAGACACCAAAGUUUUCAGUUUCUAACAAUCGUGAUGCAGAAGCAAUUGAUGUCCUUCAAUACAUUGCAAAAAAAUACAACAGAUCGUGCUCUUUGACUUUAGAGGAACUUCAGAGCUGUGGAGAAGUAACUGCAAAUCAAGACUUUCGAAGCAAGGCCGAUUUGCUCAAUACCUUCAAGUAUUCAUGGAAACAUAUCAAGAUUUUGUUCAACAACAAAACUACAACAAAAUCUACCAUUCUUUUAAUGAUUUCAUGGGCCCUUUUGGGUAUAGCAUACCCUCUUUAUUCGGCCUUUUUACCUCAGUAUCUUGCUUCCAGAGGUGACAAUAUAAGUGCUCCAGACACUUAUGGCGUCUAUAGGGACAACGUUAUAAGUAAUCUUUGCAGUUGCUUUGGACCUAUGAUAGCUGGACUAAUGCUCUACUAUAUGCCUUGGAUUGGUAGAAAAGGUGUAAUGGUAUUUGGAGGAUUAUCAACUAUGGCUCUAUUAUUCGGCUACACUCAAGUCACCAAUAGAGCUGGAAAUGUGGGUUUGAGUUCUGCCGUUUACAUUACCCUUUACAUCUACUACGGAUGCAUAUAUGCUUAUACUCCGGAGGUGAUGCCGUCAGCGGCUCGAGCGACUGGAAAUGCAAUUUGCAUAGGUUUAACCAGAAUCAGCGGAGUGAUCGUACCAACCAUUGCUUAUUUUGCGGGAGUUACUACUGCUAUUCCCAUUUGGAUAUGCGGAGCCGUAGUGGGGAUUAUUGGUUGCAUCGCAUUGCUCUUUCCUUAUGAACCCAGCAAAAUGAGAGUUGUCUAA